AUGAUUCUUAAAAAUUUAUUUAAAAGAAAACCAAUUUUAUACUCCUUACCUUUUUUAAUUUCUUACCCUUAGUUUAGUAAUUACGCUAAAACUUAAUAGAAACAUUAGAAUUAAGAAGAAUAAUUAAAGAAUUUAUGGGAUGGUGAUGAUGAAUUUUAGAAGGAAUGGUAUAGCAAAGGUAACUAGUAUUGGUAAACUUGCGAAAGUAAUUACGAUGGAGUGAUGGGAGGCUAUGGACAUUUGAAUGAUUUAGAUAUUAAAUUUAGUAGAUAUUUCUUAUAAUAGCUUUAAGAGAAAUUUCCUUAAUUGAGUUAAAAUUUCAACAGAGCGCUAGACUGUGGAGCUGGAAUUGGGAGAGUUACUAAAGAAUUACUUAUGAAUGUAUUUUAAAAAGUUGAUCUGCUAGAAUAAUGUGAUAAAUACAUUUUUGAAGCUAAGAAUUAGCUGAAAUAGUAUCCAAACGUUGAAGAUUUUUAUUAAAUGGGUUUAUAAGAAUUUUAAUUUUAAAAGCAGUAUGAUUGUAUUUGGAUUUAAUGGGUUUCAAAUUAAAUAAAAGAUGAUGAUUAUGUCAGAUUUUUAUAAAAAUGCUCAAACUCACUAAGCUAAGAUGGAUUUAUUAUUGUAAAAGAAAAUAUCAGUGAAGAAGGGUUUAUUCUUGACUCUUAAGAUUAUUCUAUUACUAGAUCUGAUUCUAUGUACAAACAGCUAUUCAGUAAAGCAAAUUUAGAUAUUAUUCUAGAAAAGAAAUAACCUGAAUUUCCUGAUGAGUUAUUUGAUGUUAAAAUGUAUGCAUUAAAAAGAAUUUCUGAAAAUAAAAAUAGUAUCUAAUAGUGA